AUGAGGUCUCGCAGGUCAUUCACAACCGAAACGCCUCCCCAAUCAAUAUCGCCAGAGAAGAAACCUCAAAGCUCUGAAACACCAAAUCAUGCAAGUGUAUUGCCGCCGCAGCGUCGAGAGACGCUCAGUAAGAUCUUGAGUGGAGUGCAAGACGUCAAGGAGGAAGAGGUCCUUCGACACAUCUUGCCCAUGGAUACAAACUAUGAAACUUGCCAGGAGCAGAAAUAUACCCCAACUGGAUUCUCGGUACAAGAGGUUCGAGACCUAGGGGACUUCCCGGACUAUGCAGAGCUUAGUGGAGUGCCGUUGCCCCAACCUUAUCAAGAGUUUGAUAUCAACAAGGCGCUGGCCAGGUUCUAUCGACCAUUCAGAUGGGUUUACCAUCAGACUAUGUCAAUUUCAAAAAUGGAAACAGACUGGUGGAUCGAGCUUGAAAACACCUACAAGCAACGAAUCGCCCAACGCAAAGAACUAUAUGCCAAACACGGAAACGGGGUCCUUGGCUACCUUCCCGGGUCCGAACUAGCCUGCAAAGAGGUCAUGGAAAUGGUCCUUCAAAACGUCUGUGCCCGGUAUCCGCAGUACUUCUCGCUGGUCGAUAAGAGGAUCUUCCAGAACAGGAUCUUAGGUACGGAACAGGAUGUCAAGUCUAAGCAGCCCCUGGAGAUCCUGCUUGACAAUAUUCCCGAGGACUUUGGUAUCACGCUGCGAGAUGAUAAGACUGGUUGCUAUAUCCUCCGCGCAGGUGUUAUUUGCUCUUCGAUUGGAUGGAGUAUUAACGAGAAGAUGGGGCUUCCGCUUCAUUUGAUUCACAAGCCUGUUCCGGACUACAAAGAGAAGAUGCAGACUUCUAUGGAGCGCUUCUUCACUAAACUCCCAACCGACAAACCAAUCCAACGUGGCUCCUGGGGCCUCGAAGUCGGUCAACCCCUCUGGAUGCCAAAAGGCUCACCCCUCGAAAUCCACCGCACACACCAAUCCGCCACCCUGCAACUAUCCGACUGCCACCUCCGCGUCGACUGGCAAACCCUCCGCCGCCUCCCCCUCUCCGCAGCUGUCGUCUUCAACUUCAAAGCCCUGUUCACGCCGGUCACAGAGUUCCGCGAUGAACCUGGUGUGCCGGCGCUAGUGGCCAAGAAUAUGAAGGAGGGGAAGGAGAAUUUGUUGGAGUAUAAGGGGACGUGGCAUGUGGAGCAUGUGAUCUUGCCGGUGAUGGAGAAGUGGGCAGAGGAGCAGAGGAGGAAUGGGCUUGUGGAGAGGGAUUGGGAGGUUGGGACGCUGGAUGAAAGUCCGUAUUUUAGGGGAUGGGAGGAGAAGUGGCAUCGUCAGCAGGGUUUCUGA